ACAAUGGGCUGGCUGUCAGUUUUAGGUGGAGCUUCUGCUUAGACUGUCUCCGCACUCACAGUGGCGCUGACACAGGACUGUCAUGAGGAUACUCUAAAGUUUAUUUUGUGCCAAACGCUUAUUCUUGUGGGGAGGAUUUCUGAGUUGUCUGUGUGAAAUAUUUGGAGUCAUGACAGAUUUGUGGGUGAUUUCUGUCCCAGUGGACAAGACCAGCUCAACCAGUGUAGAUAAACUCAAACACACAAUUGCCAAAACCAAACUGGCCACCUGCUGCAAGUUCUCCAUUCCAGAGCUCAAGGUGGGAAUACUGGACAGUCUGCUCAGGGUGUCAGAUGAUCUCUCCAAGCUGGACACGCUGACUGAAGGUUUGAUCAGAAAAACGUGUCAGUGUAUGAAGGAUGUGAUGGACCAUGCCAUCGACAAAGUGCUGGAAAAUGCUUUGGCCAAUGGAAUGGACCCAAUGAGCUACGUGACACAGUUUCAGUGGGACCAGGCUAGGUAUCCCACAUCUCUGACACUCUCCAACCUGGUAGACAUCAUCAACAAGGAAAUUUUACAAGCAGAAGCAGAAUUGAAAACUCAAACUCUGGCAUACAGCACUGUGAAAUCAAGCCUACAGAUCCUUGAGCACAAACAAGAGGGGAGUAUAAAAAAUCACAGUCUGAAUGAAAUAGUGAAGAAAGAAGACCUGGUUGUGUCAGAGUACCUCACCACAGUGCUGGCAAUGGUGACCAGAUCCAGUUAUGUUAAGUGGGAGGGGACCUAUGAAUCCCUGUCAGAGUUUGUGGUUCCUAGGUCAAGCAGGAAACUGUAUGAGGAUCAGGAGGGAGGCAUUUUUGCCGUUACGCUGUUCAAAAAAGAUUUGUCUCGUUUCAAAGCCAAAGCCCAGGAGAGCAAGUUCAUUGUGCGCGAGUACAGCUUUGAUGUGGAGGAGCAGAUGAAGGAGGAGAUACAGCAGCUUGCAGUCCACAAAAAGGAGCAAUACGGAGUCUUUGUACGUUGGCUAAAGAUGACUUUCAGUCAGGUGUUUAUUGCCUGGAUUCACUUGAAAGCUUUAAGGGUGUUUGUGGAAUCAGUCCUCAGGUAUGGAUUACCUGUCAACUACCAGGCUUUUCUGCUGCAGACUGAUAAAAAGCGCUCAAAGAGACUCAGAAAAGAACUGGCCUCAUUGUUCAAGCAUCUGGACCCCACUGUCUGCAAGACAGAUGUGAACUGUGACAUCCCAGGAAUCAUGCAGCAGGAGUACUUUGCAUACAUCUGCUUCCAAAUCAGCACCAACAUGUUGGACUACACUUACUAGGCGACAAAUAGAGAUAUCACAGUCUUACAGCGCAAAGAAGGGCCCUGGUGCUCCUGCUGUGAAUGAAUGAAUGAAUGAAUUUUACUUUAUUUAAAUGUCAUGCCAUUUCAUGGUCCAUGCCUGAAGGGAAGACACCUUCAAUCUAUAACUUCCAGAAGGCUGGUCACAUGGUAAUUCAAAUAAUCAUUUAAAAAAUAUAAUAAUAGAUGUAUUGAUUAAUCAAAAUCAUAAAUUUAUAUUAAGACUACAAUAAAACAUGUAUGAUGAGGAAUAUCUUUGAAUGUCUUUUCAACAUGACAUGGCAUUAUCAUUAGCCAGGGGAGUCUGAUUGCAGGUAACAAAGCUAACAACUUUAGCUGCACACUGUGCACUUUGAUCCAGUUUCUUCCAGUGUUUUAUUUUGAAAGAACGUGAACGUAUAACAUUGAUGUCACUGUAUAGCUCUGCAAUUGAAGAACAUUCUUCAAAGAGCCCUUUAAGCCAUCACAUCCUCACAUUAAUACAUUUAUUUAUGCAUAGUUGUAUAUUAUUCAUAAUAAAAAAACAGUCCCAUGUAUUUUUAAGUAUAUUCUGUUGAUACAGUAAAUAAUAUCUCUUUUGGCUCGUAUGUAAUCAGAAUGAUUUUAAAUGUAAUGCUGUUAACUAUGGAAGUAUUCAGAUCCUUAAAGGUUAAACUAAUAAUAUUGCAAUUCAAAUCCUUCUAUAAUAAUAAAUGAUUAUUGA